UCCCCCCACCCCCCACCCUCACCAGUUUUGCACAAAGAAAGUUUUAAAGGGCCAAACAGAUGUGAGUCGGAGCGGUGCGUAAAGAGAGCGCAAAAGCAGGCGGGAGUAGGCGUUUCCCACGCACCGACCAGCUCACUUCCUCAGUCGGCGGCUCGACGGCGAUCACACAGGUUCCGUAUGCGUUUGCGCUUGAAGAUUUACAGGAGAGCGUCGCUCACUCAAGUACCUGCCAUAUACACAGCGUCUUAUUACUGAGUCGCCUUUUGGACAACAUUAGAAGCCGGGAAGAGUCGGGUUCAGCGUCACUGACCUGUAUUUUUAAUCAUAUAUAUUUUUUUUAGACAACGAUCUCAACUUUAAUAUGUUGGAGUCUUUCUGAUUUGGAUGAUUUACCAAGAGGACCGUGUGGGAAAAGAAUUUCUGGUGAAGGUGUUAGCCUCUUCAGAGGUGUGCGCCAUGUCAUAUGGAGCGGAAUUUCGGAUCGCGUCGGUUUGCGCCUGAUCCCCGAGUGGACGCGCGUUUUUAGCGCGAGUGAAAAACUCAUCAGACGCCGUUUAGCUGGACGGGAUGAGUUUCCAGAGAGGGCUUCACAUGCCCUCAGGCUACUCUGGGUUUUGCUAGCGCUCACUGGGAAUGUCGGAAGUCGCUGAACUAUAAGGGCCGCUUCUUUUGGACGCAAAACUGUCAAGAAAAUAAAGUUUCACACCUGUGAAGUAACCAUUAGGACAGGAGGCUCAGGAUGAAAAGAUGGCAACCUUGCUGUUUCCACCGGGUUCCGACAGCUUGCACCGGUUCACUCGUGAAUCCCUGGCUGGCAUUGAGCAGCGGAUCGCCGAAGAAGAGGCGCAGAAGGCCAGGGAGUACCAGGAGGACUUGGGUGAAGUGGAGACUCCCAAGCCCCGGGCAGACCUGGAGGCCGGGAAGCAGCUCCCCCGCAUUUUUGGAGACAUUCCAUCAGGACUGGUGGGGGUGCCGCUGGACGACAUCGACCCAUAUUACUUCCAGAACAAGAGAACUUUUAUAGUACUAAACAAAGGGAAGGCCAUCUUCCGAUUUAGUGCCACAUCUGCACUCUAUAUUUUUAGCCCUUUUCAUCCUGUUAGAAGAGUGUCGAUAAAGAUUUUAGUACAUUCAUUAUUCAGUCUGUUCAUUAUGUGCACUAUUUUGACAAACUGUUGCUUCAUGGCCAUGUCGGAACCAGUGCAGUGGGCCAAGUAUGUCGAGUACACCUUCACGGGGAUCUACACGUUUGAGUCUUUGAUAAAAAUUUUGGCGAGAGGAUUCUGCAUCGGACCAUUCACCUUCCUGCGGGAUCCAUGGAACUGGCUGGAUUUCAGCGUGAUUGUCAUGGCAUAUGUUACUGAGUUUGUGGACUUGGGCAAUGUCUCAGCGUUACGGACGUUCAGAGUCCUACGAGCACUGAAAACUAUCUCGGUCAUACCAGGCCUGAAGACCAUUGUGGGUGCCCUGAUUCAGUCAGUAAAGAAGCUAGCAGAUGUCAUGAUCUUGACGGUGUUCUGUCUGAGUGUGUUCGCUCUCAUCGGCCUUCAGCUCUUCAUGGGUAACUUACGUCAGAAAUGCGUCCGCAGUACGGCCAACUGCUUCAACACCACCGACGCCUCUUUAUACAGCAACGUCUCGUUCUUCUGCAAUAAUAAGACCUGGUCAUCACUAGACGAGUUUAUCACGGACGAAGGCAACUAUUUCAAAGAGGAUGGAUCCAGAGAUGCCUUAAUAUGUGGAUUUGCAAGUGAUGCUGGGAAAUGUCCAGAUGGUUUUGACUGUCUGAAGACAGGACGUAAUCCGAACUAUGGCUACACCAGCUUUGACACCUUUGGCUGGGCGUUUCUCUCCCUCUUCAGGCUCAUGACACAGGACUUCUGGGAAAACUUAUACCAUCAGACUCUACGGUCUGCGGGAAAGACCUACAUGGUGUUCUUUGUGGUGGUGAUCUUCCUGGGCUCCUUCUACCUGGUGAAUCUGAUCCUGGCAGUUGUAGCUAUGGCCUAUGAAGAGCAGAACCAAGCUACCCUCGCUGAGGCGAUACAGAAAGAGAAAGAGUUUCAGCUCGCCAUGGAACAGCUAAAAAAAGAACAGCAUGCAGCUCACAAAUCUCAGGAGACUGAGUCAGUGUUGGCUCCUGACCUGUCUCCCUUGGCUCCUCAUGAAGAUAGAGAGCACAAGAACAGGAAGAAAAGCCUGAGGCCACUUUCAGAGGAGAUGGAGAACGAUGGUGAUGAAAAGUCACCAAAGCAAGAUACUUUAGAUGGAACAAAGCAUUCACAUGCUUUGGUGGUGCGAACUUUGUCCUCGUGGACCAAAAGGGAAAGCCAGGGCAGUAUCUUUAACUUCCGGCUGCGGAACAAAGAAUCUGAAGCAGAUGCUGACGAUGAAAUUAGCAAUCAUGGUGAUCCGGAGAGUCGUCCUGGAUCUCUUGUUCUGCCCUGGCAAAGGAGACGGAUUAGUUCACAUAGCACGAGCAGUCAUGGCUCUCAGGUCUUCUACCCGAGCCUCAAUAUCAAUGGAAAGCUGUUUGUUGCUAUAGAUCAGAACGGCAUCUCGAGUCCAGGACCGCUGACCCCUCUGCCAUUACCCCCAUGCACCAUGAAGAAGGUCAAAGAAGAAAGUGGAUCACACGAGCUGAGCAGUACGCUCCUCCCGCAGCUCUCCCUGGAGGGCCGAGACAGGGCACUAAGUGCUGCUAGCUACCUCACUGACGCCAUGGAGGAGUUGGAAGAAGCCCAUCAGAAAUGUCAUCCUUGCUGGUACACUUUUGCCCACAAGUACCUGGUGUGGACGUGCAACCCUGGCUGGCUCAAACUGAAAGAGUGGGUCAACAUCAUGGUGAUGGAUCCCUUUCUGGACCUGACGAUCACCAUCUGCAUCGUGCUCAACACACUCUUCAUGGCCUUGGAGCAUUAUCCCAUGACAGACGAAUUCAACAAGAUGCUUUCCGUGGGCAACCUGGUCUUCACAGGAAUCUUCACAGCUGAGAUGGUCCUGAAGAUCAUUGCACUGGACCCAUACUACUACUUCCAACAGGGCUGGAACAUCUUUGACAGUUUCAUCGUUUGUCUCAGCUUGAUGGAGCUCGGGCUAUCUAAUGUAGAAGGCCUGUCUGUCCUGCGCUCCUUCAGACUGCUGCGAGUCUUCAAGCUGGCUAAGUCAUGGCCCACCCUGAACACCCUGAUAAAGAUCAUAGGCAACUCUGUGGGUGCCUUAGGAAACCUCACUCUCGUUUUGGCCAUCAUCGUCUUCAUCUUCGCUGUGGUGGGCAUGCAGCUGUUUGGGAAGAACUAUGAGCUGUGUGUAUGCAAACUCUCCAAGGAUUGUAAAUUGCCACGAUGGCACAUGAAAGACUUCUUCCACUCCUUUCUAAUCGUGUUCCGGGUCCUGUGUGGUGAAUGGAUCGAGACCAUGUGGGAUUGUAUGGAGGUUGCUGGACAGCCCCUUUGCAUCCUGGUCUUCAUGCUGGUCAUGGUGAUUGGGAAUCUGGUGGUUCUGAAUCUCUUCUUGGCUCUGCUGCUGAGCUCUUUCAGUGCGGACAAUCUGUCAGCGCCGGACGAUGACGGUGAGCUGAACAACCUGCAUAUUGCAAUAGGUCGCAUCCAAAGAGGGAUCCUGUGGCUGCGCCGGGCCUUGUGUGAUUUCUUCAAUGGCAACUUUAAGCGAAGACGGCAGAAGGCCAAAGAGGCAAAGGCCAUGCUAAAGCUGAAGAGGCUCAGUCAGCAGGCCCAGAGGGCCGAGGGCAACGGCACAGCAGGGAUCAUUGGCCGUACUGGAGAUAAGUGCGCCUCUCCGGAUGACAGCUACAUGACCAACCCUAACCUGACCAUCAGUGUGCCUAUUGCGCCUGGAGAAUCGGAUGUAGAGUUUCCAGAGGAGGAGGAGGAGGACGACGACGAUGAAGCUAGUGAGAGCUCUGACGAAGAGGAGGAAGCAGAAACCAAACCGAGUGACGACAUCAGCCUAUCCGAGGGCAGCACAAUUGACCUCCGAAAGCCUGGAGAAGAGGAAGAUGAAUACUCCGAGAUGGCAGAGGAGGACAUGGACCCUGAAAAUUGUAUCCCUGAUGUGUGCCUCCGUCAUUUCCAGUGCUGCGAUAUCGACACUAGUGCGGGUCUGGGCAAGGUGUGGUGGCGGCUCAGGAAGACCAGCUAUCAGAUAGUGGAGCACAGCUGGUUCGAAUCAUUCAUCAUCUUCAUGAUCCUGCUGAGCAGCGGCGCUCUGGCAUUCGAAGACAUUUACAUUGAACAGAGAAAAGUGGCCAAGACUGUGCUCGAGUUUGCAGACAAGAUUUUCACCUACAUCUUCAUCCUGGAAAUGGUAUUGAAAUGGCUCGCAUAUGGCUUUAAGAAGUACUUCACCAACUACUGGUGCUGGCUUGACUUUCUAAUCGUUGAUGUGUCUUUAAUAAGCCUCGUAGCCAGCACACUAGGCUACUCUGACUUGGCUGCCAUCAAAUCACUUAGGACCCUCAGGGCUCUCAGGCCACUAAGAGCUCUAUCCAGAUUUGAAGGCAUGAGGGUGGUGGUGAAUGCUCUGAUUGGGGCCAUCCCCUCCAUCAUGAAUGUCCUGCUGGUGUGUCUCAUCUUCUGGCUCAUCUUCAGCAUCAUGGGUGUGAACCUGUUUGCUGGAAAAUUUGGCCGCUGCAUCAACCACUCAGGCUUCAUCUACAAUUCCUCACAUAUUAACAACAAGACCGAGUGCCUGGCUAUGAACGAUACCCAGUACUACUGGACAAAAGUAAAAGUCAACUUUGAUAACGUGGGUGCUGGGUACCUUGCACUACUUCAAGUGGCUACUUUUAAAGGCUGGAUGGACAUCAUGUAUGCAGCAGUGGAUUCCCGAGCUGUGGAGGAGCAGCCAAUUAAGGAGCACAACUUGUAUAUGUACCUGUAUUUUGUGAUUUUCAUCAUUUUUGGAUCAUUCUUCACCCUAAAUCUGUUCAUCGGUGUGAUCAUUGACAACUUCAACCAACAGAAACGAAAGUUAGGUGGACAGGACAUCUUCAUGACUGAAGAGCAGAAGAAAUAUUACAAUGCCAUGAAAAAGCUUGGAUCAAAAAAACCUCAGAAACCUAUUCCUAGGCCUUUGAACACAGUCCAAGGAUUCUUCUUUGACUUGGUGUCAAAACAAGCCUUCGACAUCAUUAUAAUGCUGCUCAUCCUCCUGAACAUGUUGACCAUGAUGGUGGAGACAGAUGAGCAGUCUCCUUACAUGGAGUCCAUACUGUAUAAAGUCAACCUGGCCUUCAUCAUCAUCUUCACCACCGAGUGCAUCAUUAAGAUUAUUGCCCUCCGCUGCUAUUUCUUCACCGUCAGCUGGAACAUCUUUGACUUUGUGGUAGUCAUUCUCUCCAUUGUGGGCAUUGUUCUCGCAGAUAUAAUUGAGAAAUACUUCGUUUCACCGACACUUUUCCGAGUUAUCCGACUGGCCCGAAUAGGACGUAUCCUUCGCCUUAUUCGGGGAGCCAAAGGAAUCAGAACGUUACUAUUUGCCUUAAUGAUGUCCUUACCUGCAUUGUUCAAUAUCGGCCUCCUGCUCUUCUUAGUCAUGUUCAUCUAUGCCAUCUUUGGAAUGGCAAACUUUGCCUAUGUGAAGAAACAAGGUGGAAUUGAUGACAUGUUCAACUUUGAGACAUUUGGCAACAGCAUGAUUUGCCUUUUCCAGAUAACGACAUCAGCUGGCUGGGACAGCCUGCUCAAUCCCAUUUUGAAUAACUCCCCUGAAGAGUGUGACCCCAAUGUGCCAAACAUAGGCACCACUGUCCGGGGCAACUGUGGGAACCCUUCAGUAGGCAUUACCUUCUUUGUUACUUACAUUAUCAUUUCUUUUCUCAUUGUGGUGAACAUGUACAUUGCCAUUAUCCUGGAGAACUUCAGUGUGGCCACAGAGGAGAGCACUGAGCCGUUGAGUGAGGAUGACUUUGAGAUGUUCUACGAGGUUUGGGAGAAGUUUGAUCCUGAGGCCACGCAGUUCAUCGAAUACGUUAAGCUUUCGGAUUUUGCUGAUUCAUUGUCCGAGCCGCUGCGCAUUGCCAAGCCUAACAAAAUCAAGCUGAUUUCUAUGGACUUGCCUAUGGUGAGCGGUGACAAGAUUCACUGCUUGGACAUCUUGUUUGCCUUUACCAAGCGUGUGCUGGGCGAAUCGGAUGAAAUGGAUGCUCUCAAGCAACAAAUGGAGGAGAAAUUUAUGAUGGCAAAUCCAUCCAAAAUCUCCUACGAGCCCAUCACUACAACGUUACGACGUAAGCAAGAGGAGGUAUCAUCCGUUGUUAUACAGAGGGCCUACAGAAGGCAUUUACUCCGGAGACAGUUGAGGCAAGCCUCAUUCAUAUAUCGACAGAUCAAUGUAGAGGGAGCUGCCAGCAGUGAGGAUGACAGCCCACCAGAGAAGGAAGGACUCAUAGCCUUCAUGUUGAAGGAGAAUUAUGGACCUGAGACUGAGGCUCUGUCCUCGACCUCCUCACCGCCGUCUUAUGACAGUGUGACAAGAGCCACUAGUGAGCUUUUCCAAGCUCUAAUACCUGAGCCCAGGAACAGUGACCUGAGCAAACCUGACCCUGACACAGACCGUGAAACAUUUCUAUAACAUUAAGUAUAAAAUGCUCUCUCACACAUUAAUCUUCUUGUUACUUUGGUUUUUGUUUACAGAAUGUAACAUAGCUCAAACAGCACUCAAAACUCUUGAUACAUGUGACUGUGCAUCAAGAUUUCAAGGUUUUUGUAGGACAAGUUGAUGUUUUUAAUUCUCCUGUGUUUCACAUUUUGUUUGAACAUACAGGGGCAAAGUGUAGACAGCUCACGUUAACUUUGCUUCCGUUUAUAUGCAUGAGUGAGAUUCUGCAGCAGUUAACUGCAGUUAUAUCACAUAUGUACUAAUCAUAUAUUAGAUUGAAAGAAAUACACUUUAUCAACAUUUACAAACUAUGCCUGACCACCUGAGUUUAUUAAAAGGUCUUACUUAAAUUGGUGUGAUUUCCUUUCGACAAUAGAUUUCACACUAUGUAGAAAAUCCAAGACGCUAGAGAUAUAGUCUUGUUAAUGUUACCAAUUACUUAUAUUACAAAAAAGAAAAAAACAUAUUUUUGGACACAAUUAAGUAUGAAAAUUACUUCUGACAAGUCCGGGUUGUGUCACUAGCGAUGAGAGGGGGAAGAUGAUAAGUGGGAAUGUUUGACAGUACUUUCUUUUUUUUUUCCUCCACAUUUUGCAUAUAUUUAUGUAAGCCAGUCUCUCACAAAUAGUCUGGUCUGGUUACAGGAUGCUAUAAUCAGGACUAGUAAAAGACAAUCAAACACGACUC